AUGUCGGAUAAGUGGGUAGAUUGGAAUAAGACCACCCGGUCUAAGGACUAUCGCGGGUCUGGGUCGUUUGCGACUUUUAUGAUUAUAGGACCAACAUGCUUCUUCCUCGGAAUCCUCUUCGCCAUGUUCCCGUACGACUUCCCGCUGCUAUGGACCAAAGACCCCAUCUCGGCCGCGUACCUAGACCAGCUCGAAAUCCACCUCAAGUUCAUGCACCAGUCGCCUCCCUUAAUCGCGCGCAUCCUAAGCAUCAUGGUCGGCGUCGGCUUCCUCGGCUUCUUCAUCAAGCUGUUCCGCGCCUCCGAGUCCAACAUGCUGUUCGACGGCGCCUCCCUCGUCCUCUACCUGAUCGGCGUCGGCGUCUACGUCGCUAACAUCGUCAAGGGCCUGCGCCUCGUCAGCGCCGGCGCCUGGGAGUCCGACGACUUCGACCCGACUACCGUUGGCGUCGGCCGUCCUGGCGCCGGUGCCGGCGACCCGUUGACCGGCGGUGAGAUCAUUCUCGGGCGCGAGGAUAGUCUGAAGGUCCUGGCUGCGAGCAAUACGAUUCUGGCGCUGGUGCUUGUUGGUGUGCUGGUCCUCCAGGCGGGUCAGUGGUAUGCUGAGCGUAAGGACGACGAGGAGUACGAGAAGUACGAGAAUAUGGAGAAGACUAGCAAUGGCGGUCGUCCGUCGAGUCCGACGACUGAGAAGAGCAGCAAGAAGAAGCAAUGA